CCCCGUCGAUCCCGCGCUCCAUUUCGAAACCCCACAUCCCCGCCGCAAUGCCGCCCACGCGCCGCGGCCCCCGGCCCCGCCGUGGCUCCACCCCCGCCGGCGCCGACGACUCCGUCCCCGCCUCCGCCGCCGACCUCCUCGCCCUCGCCGGCACCCUAAUCCCGGCCGCCGGCACUACCGCCCUCAGAGCCCCUCCCCAACUCAAGCAACUCGUCCACUCCCUCCCCGCCUCCCACCCGCUCCUCCUCUCCCUCCCGCAGGCCCUCGCCCUCGCCCUCGCUCUCCCCUCCGAAACCGCCUCCGCCUCUGACCCCGACGCGCCCCCACCCCCGACCCCCCGCGCCCCCGCCGUCCUCCUCCACCUGCUCCUCACCCACCCGUCCCACCCGCCGCGAUGGGACGACCUCAUCCGCCCGCUCGAGCUCCUCCACGGCCGCCUCGCGCUCCUGGCCACCGCCGAUCCGCCGCUCGCGGCCCUCGCCGCCGCCUGCUUCGAGCUCGCCUGGCGCGCCGACGCCCCGGGCCGCGACGCUCUCGUCGCGCAGACGCUGCCCUACCUCGUCGCCCUGGCGCUCACCUCCGGCUCCAGCGCCAGGCCGGUCCUCCGCCGCCUCCUCGCGCUCCGCGACGCGCUGCCGCUGCUCGACUACGAUGACGACCAGAGCAUCUCCGACUUCAAGAUGCUCCUGCUGCGCUGCUUCGUGUCGCCGCUCUUCCUAAAGGCCGAGGAAGGGAGGAAGUUCCUCGCGCUCGUGCUCGGCGUCAGCGAGGGGAUCUCCAGAGAGGGGCUGGAGCUCGUCAGGGCGCAGGUGGGGAUUACGGGCGCCAAGCGCGCGGCCGUGGUGGCCUACGGGGAGGUCGUGUUCAGGGCGUGGAAGGAUGGUGGCUGGGUUAGGACGGAGGUUGGGGAGGCGUUCCUGCAGGGGAUGGUGGAGGCCGCCGUGCAUGCUGGGAACAAGGAGGUGGCCAAGGCGGCCAGGAAGAUCAUUUGGGCGUUCGUUGAGCAGAGGGCGGUUGCCGGGGUUGAAAAGUUGGUGUUCCGGCUUGCGGAGCCUGUGCUGUUCCGAUCGUUGCAGGUUGCGAACUCCAAUGUUCGCCAUAAUGCCUUACAUCUUCUAUUAGAUUUAUUUCCCCUUGAAGAUCCAGAUGUGACAAAGGAUGUUAAUGAUCCACUUAUAGAGAAGCAGUUCUUCCUGAUAGAUAAGCUCCUCAUGGAUGACUACCCAGAAAUACGAACAGUUGCAGUUGAAGGAAUCUGCCGUAUUCUUAACCAAUAUUGGGAAAUUGUCCCUGCCCCUACUAUUUCAAAAUUUCUGAGUAAAAUUGUUGACGACAUGUCUAAGGAUUCUUGCAAUGAGGUUCGGCUGUCAACACUAAAUGGUCUCAAAUACUUGCUUGACAAUCCACAGAGUCAUGAAAUACUUAAAGUUCUACUCCCAAGAUUAAGCGAUAUGAUCUCAGAUACUGCUCUGUCUGUCAGAGCUGCUGCUGUUGAUCUUCUUUUAGCUGUUCGUGAUCUUCGAUCUUUCCAAUACAAUAAGGUUGUUGGCCUGGGUACUCUAUUAUCUUCACUUGCAAAUGACCAUCCCCGUAUUGCUCAAAAAAUUACAAAACUUCUCAUUCCUUCUUAUUUUCCAUCAAAGUUAAACCCAAAAGAAGCAUGUGCUCGCUGCAUUGCACUGAUAAAGAGGUCACCGACAGCUGGGGCGAGAUUCUGUGAAUUUGCUAUGUCUGAAGGGUCAUCCCCAAGGUCCAUUGUUGAGCUAGUCAAAUUCUCUAUUACUCUUGCAUUAUCACGAACAGGACUUAACUCAGACCAGAUUGAUGGUCUUGUUAUUGCUUCUGUCAAUCUUAUAAAAAGUUUAUCUGAAGAGCGCUCUGGUUUGGCUACUUUACGAGAAUUCUUUGCAAAUGCGAAGUUAAGGUUGGUCCUUCAAACCGUUGUCUCUGAGGGUGCCCGGGCUGCCAUUCUUAGUAUUGUUCCAGUUAUUUUACCUGAUGAUCUAUCUGUGCUUCAUGAGGAAUGCAUGGAUAUAGUUGUGAAUGCUACUAGGAUUUCAAAGCAAGAAGAAUGCCAGGAAGCAGCGCUUGCAGCACAUAAGUUGAUAUUUUUGAGUGGCUGGUCUGAUGAACUGUUCGAAGCACUGACAAAUAUUCUGCAAUCUAAAGCCUCUGAUUUUGCUGAGUUCUAUGGACUCGAACCCCCUCCAUGCCCUGUUGCAUCUUCAAGGAGGAAGAAAGGGAAGUCACUUAAGAAAACACCAGCACGUGACCAUGUUGUUGGAAAGGGGUCGUCCAAAUCAAAAGCCAGUAAUGAAGAGCUUGCUGUUGCAGCUGGAGCAGCAUGGCAGAUCAAUGAAAUAAUGAAAGCUGAAGACCUUAGAGAUGCCUUUCUGCAAUCUUCUUAUUCAGAAAUUGCAUUUUCCGCUCUGAAGGUCAUUUCUCAAGUGUAUGUCGAGCAGUGCCUAUAUUUGGACUCUUUAGACCUUGCACCUGUGUUGGCCUAUUUGAGUCUGGCUACAUAUAAUACCCUUCCAGAUGUUGAUACUGGAAGCUGCUCUGAGUCAUCAAUUGCCAAUCAGUCACUGGAUCAUCUACUGAAUUGUUUGGACAAACUCCUAACUGCACCUGUUAAAAAUCCUCCAAAGUCAAAAGCUUCACGAUCAAAAGACCAGCAGAAAGGAGCAUCUGAAGGAAACACAGUGAAAGGCACAGUUAAUGUGAUUAUGCUGGGAACUUCAAUUCUCAAGUUUAUGGUUGACACAACCGUCAAGCUGGUCAAUGAUGAUAAAAUAAGAUGCCUCAAAUUCGCAUCAUCCUACACAAAAUAUGCAGUAUCAUCCAUCAAAAAGCAUCAGGCACAGAAUUCAUCUUCCAAGGGGGAUGAUCUGAAGGACGCACUAGUGCUUAUACGAAGCUCCUGUACAUACGCAGCCAAGAUAAUCCAUUUGGUGUUAUCAAGCUCAACUGAGUCGUCAAUCCCUCCAGAGGAGGCCUUCUUCCUUGCCAAUGAUCUUCUUGAUCUUGUGCCCUCUGUCGAGUCCUUUGUUGGCUCAAGAUUUGCGCUCAGCAUAGUUUCUGCUUUGAAGCAAUGGCUACCUGUUCUCAUAUUGGGUCUUGUAUGUCGCUGGCUCAUUGGACCACAGAAUGAAAUGGCUGCCAACUGCCACUUUGGUGACUCUUGCUUACCACUGUGGGUCACAGCUGUGGCAAAGAAUGAGCUUCUUGAUGGCAAAGAUCCUGGCCAGGACAACCAAAGCGAGCAGGUUGCAGAGGGUGAGGAUUCGCCAUCGUGCAGAAAGCUAGCGGAAAUGAUGGUGGUCCUCCUGAAGAAAGGAAGCCCCAGAAUCCUUGACUGCGUUGGCGGAGUCCUCCAGUCCACCCUCAAGUUGAUGCUGCAAAGAUCAGAUUACGACAUUGUAUUGGGCAUUACUCGCUUCGUUUGUGCCAGGUUGCUUGGGGACAACACGUCGGCGUUGGAGAAGCUGCAGCUUACCCACGACUCUCUUCGUGAUAAUUUCUUUGAGAUUGAUAGGUAUGUCAGGGAGGAGCUUGUUGAUGACGAUGAUUCGAGGCAGCUAUUGGAGAGCACAAAAGCAUUGAUAAGACAAGUUCUCCCUGAAAUCUGAUGUGCAUAGUAUUAGGCGGCAACUGCGAUUGGGAAGUAUGUACUUGGGCGCACGCAUAAUGCAUUUCUAUAUAUGUGCAUUUGUUGUUGCUGUUCUGGUACAGUCCACGGGCAAAUAUCAACGACAGCAUCACCAUUCACCAAAGUUAGGAACCGUGCGUGAAUGGGUAGAAAAGCAUUGCACCUGACAAGAAAAAAUUGUAAUGAACUAUGCUAGUGAUAUAACCGUUAUUCCAUUCAGUGUACAGUCGACUUACAAUUGACACAGGGUAGAACGUAUGUACAAUCCCCUGUUAUUAUAACCUACACUAUUUUAAAGGGGGAAA